AUGAAAGAAAAGCUACCCAGCGCUAAGUCAUUGUGUGUGACCAAUGGUUUUGUGUUUGUUUGUUCUGCCGAUGGUAUCAUUGUGGUAGAACACACAAGUCAACUAUCUAUCAAAGUCCAGUCUCUUAGGAAAGCUGAACUUAUUGCCGAACUUACGAAGAGAGGCGUUGAAGCCACUGGAAAUGUCACUCAGCUCAAGAACAAAUUGAACAUAGAAAAUGAAAAAUUACGAGCUCAAUAUGCUUCUGUCAAAAAGCGGACGGACAUUGUUCAUCUAAAUAAAGAUAUCCAUACGGUUGACUGUUUAUGUUCAGCGUCAGAUGAAAUCCUAAUUGUAGGUAGCAACGUUGAUCAAAAAGUUUACCAAGUUCUUAUAGAGAAGGAUGGUGUGGGUCUCGUUGGCAGUGUCACACAGAGUUUCACUUACCCUCAGAAUGACAUCAAGGUUGUUAGCAUGACCACUUCCACUGGCAGUCUUUUCUUUUCGUCAGUGGGACCUCAAGGGCAAGACGACUAUGGAGGGCUUUUCCAAGUGAACCUCGAAUCUAAUUUGCCUACGUGUUUGGUUCGAAACUCGCCGAAUUGCGAAGUACAUGGAAUUGCUCCAUACAAGAACGGGAUUGCCUUUUCUGAUAUUAAGACAAACCAAAUAAAGCAGUACCAUUGUUUGUCUGGUGUAUCCAUCUUAGCAGGAAAUGGUAAAGAAGGAAACGUGAAGGGAAAUGCCAAAUUUGCUAGUUUUAUGCAGCCAGCUGGUCUUUGUUCCGAAUUGGAUACCAAUCUGUUUCUCUGCGAUUCCCAAAAUGGAGAAGUUAGUUUAAAUUACGGGACUGCAAGGAACAUGUGA